AUGUCCAUGAGGAGCCCGGUGUCCCCACCCCCGGAGCUGGAUGGCGCGGGCACCAUGGUGAACUGCGCCAUCAAGACGGAGGAGAAGAAGGAGAACCCCCCCGAAACCCCCCCGGGGGCCGCCCCCAGCGCCGACCCCCGGCCCCACGAGCCCCCGGGGCCACCACCCCGCGAUGGCACCGACCCCCAGGCCCUGCCACAGGAAUCCCGCUCUCCCUCCGGGGACAUUCCCGAGCCCCGGCGCUCCGCCUUCGAGCCGGCCGGGGGUGGCCAGGAGAAACUGGACUUCAACAGGAACCUGAAGGAAGUGAUGCCAACCAUCGAGAAGCUGCUGUCCAGUGACUGGAAGGAGCGGCUGCUGGGCCGGAACACGGCUGAAUCCAAGGAAGUGAAAGGAACCCAGGAGAGCCUGGCAGAGAAGGAGCUGCAGCUGCUGGUGAUGAUCAACCAGCUGUCCACGCUGCGGGACCAGCUGCUGACGGCGCACUCGGAGCAGAAGAACAUGGCCACCAUGCUCUUCGAGAAGCAGCAGCAGCAGAUGGAGCUGGCCCGGCAGCAGCAGGAGCAGAUCGCCAAGCAGCAGCAGCAGCUCAUCCAGCAGCAGCACAAGAUCAACCUCCUGCAGCAGCAGAUCCAGCAGGUCAACAUGCCCUACGUGAUGAUCCCAGCCUUCACCCCCGGCCACCAGCCCCUCCCGGUCACCCCCGAGUCCCAGCUGGCACUGCCCAUCCAGCCCAUCCCCUGCAAACCAGUGGAUUACCCGGUGCAGCUCCUGCACAGCCCCCCUCCUCCCACGCUGAAGAGACCCGCGGGCCCGGGCCACCUCCAGAUGCAGGAGACCUCACAGCCUCUGAACCUGACGGCCAAACCCAAAGGUUCCGAGCUCCCCAGUGCCUCCAGUUCUCCCAGUUUGAAGAUGAGCAGCUGCCAGUCCCUGACACCGAGCCACGGGGCCAGCAGGGAGCUGCAGGCCAGCCCGUCCAACCUCCCCCUGGGCUUCCUGGGAGAGGGCGAUGCCAUCACCAAAGCCAUCCACGACGCGCGGCAGCUGCUGCACGGCCACGGUGCCACCAUGGAGGGGUCCCUGAGCAGCCCCUACCGCAAGGAAGCUGUCGGGAUGGAUUCGUCGCCGGUGAAGGAGCGGAUGGAGGAGGCGCCCGGGCACCGGCUGGACGAGGCUCUGCUGGGCUGUGACGUGGACGGCUCCCGGCACUUCCCGGAGUCCAGGAACAACAACCACAUCAAGCGGCCCAUGAACGCCUUCAUGGUGUGGGCCAAGGACGAGCGCAGGAAGAUCCUGCAGGCGUUCCCAGACAUGCACAACUCCAGCAUCAGCAAGAUCCUGGGAUCCCGCUGGAAAUCCAUGUCCAACCAGGAGAAGCAGCCGUACUACGAGGAGCAGGCGCGGCUGAGCCGGCAGCACCUGGAGAAGUACCCGGAUUACAAAUACAAACCGCGGCCCAAGCGCACCUGCAUCGUGGAGGGCAAGCGGCUGCGAGUGGGCGAGUACAAGGCGCUGAUGAGGAACCGGCGCCAGGACGCCAGGCAGGGAUAUUUGAUAGGGCCGCAGGGCAGCCAGGUGCCCCCCAGCUCCUCGGACGUGCUGUACCCACGGCCGGUGGGCGUCCAGCUGCCCCCUCCCCUCCUGGAGCAUUACCUGCCCCGCGGCGUGGACCCCACCAUGCCCGUGAUCGUCAACACCCGCAGCCUCAAGGACGGGGACGCCGGGGACGACGGGCACUCGGUGGCCGAGGGUGACAUGUACCGCUACAGCGAGGACGAGGACUCGGAGGGCGAGGACAAGAGUGACGGCGAGCUGGUGGUGCUGACGGACUGA